AUGAGAAUUUGCCUGCGCUCUGGCCGUCCUCUGCAGCUGGGCUCCAGGUUUCAUAUCAAUCGCUGUCAUGGAUUGACGACUUCCAUACUAGGCUCUGAUUUUGUUAGCGGCCCCCCUACUAGACUGCCUACUCGAAAAAUUGCAACAGCCACCGAGGCCCAGACGCUCUCAAGGAAUCCGGUCCCUUUCAGAGACGUUUCGAUUAAGGGCGAAUAUGUUUAUUCAAAAAGGCUUUCUGCAUUCAGACCGCGGAACGCUCAAAAUGCAGCAGCCUGGAUGCGACAGCUCGAACCGUUCCUCCCUCCGGAUCUGCGUGACGCUACAACAUUGAACGACGUCCCAACGCCAGCCUCAUUACACGUCAACACACCUCAUGGUAAUCUUGGUAGCGAGGGCGAGAGUAUUGCAGAUAUUAUACGCCAUGCACGCGUCUUGGGGAACUUGGAUUUGCUUGCAUAUCUUGGUUUUACGCUGCAAAGAUGGCCUGCCGUCCAUGCACUAAUCACGAAGAUGCUAGACGCCGCGGACAACCUUCAAGAAAACUUGCAGUAUAUCCAAGGGCUUCCGUCUAAUUUGAAAUGGCAACAUCACGAAUUGAAACUGAUCACUAGUGACUCAUACGCGAGAUCACUUGAGGGAUCUCGACCAGGUGUCGCUAUUGUUUCCGGCUUUGAAAAGCUUUCAGGCCCGAGUUCCGUGGAACAUUUCACAGAUGAGCCGCGGAGCAAUAUGACUAGUUUGGGCAUCAUGGGAGAAAUCUGGCAGACUCUAGGUUUCAUUGUAGUGGCGGCUGCGGAUAAGUCAACACAAGAGUCUGAGCUAGCUAUGUCAUACGUCUAUCAAACACUUGCCCGCCUUCACCAUUCUGGAAAGGUUUCGGAUGCGAUCUAUAAAUUUUCAAAACGCCCCGAUGACGAUGUUCUAUUUCGACCUCCAGGAUUGUAUCUAUUAUCCACGCAUAUCAUGAAUGUCCUGUCAGACGCAGCAUGGCUGGUCCAUCAAGCCAACGUGACAGCCAAAGCGAAAGCUGCUGGUGAAGAUUCUCCUUAUCGCUCCUUUAAGAUGGGUGUUCGGCAAUUAGGUCACGAAAUUUGGCUAGAGUUUAUUCUUUGGUCUUGCAUUGAACAGGGUCACAUAAAGGAGGGCGUAUGGAUCCUCAGGCAUGUUCAAGGGAUGAAUUACGGAGCAGCCUGGAAGAUGAUAUCGUGGAAUCCUCUCCUUAAUCAACCCGACUUGGUUAGUGAUACUAAUAUUGACAUCGAUGACUUUUGGCCGCAUCCUGAUAUACAAAGAACACCCGAGGAGGCGCAAAACAAAUCGGGAUCUUUUCAUGGCUUAGGAAAACUGACCAUCAGUACUGAAGUCGUCACGGCCUUAGCAACCCAUGCCGCUAAUUACAUGAAGACAGACGUCAGAUCUGAUAGUUCUGACGCCGAAGAUAUGGUUGAGUCGCUCGCAUUUUUGAACAGAAUAAAGCAGUCGCACAGCAACGGCCAAGCCCCAAGUUUGAACACUACGAGCCGUCAGAUCGUUCAAGUGCUGGAAGUGCAAAGGCUACGGCCAGACAUGCACCCAGGAUCACUGGAACGAGUCAUAGACGCUUUGCCGCCCCCUAUGCCACCUUGGGAUGAUUCUGUUCCAGUCGAUCAUAAAAGGCUUUCCGCACUGAGUAAAUAUGAGAUAUACAGCUCGUCAUCUAUGCUCGCAGGCAUACUGCAACAGAAUUUGCGACUCUAUUCAAGUGAUCGCGAAAUCGAGAGCGCUAUGAGAGUCUUCACUCGACUGCUCAAAAUUAUCGAUACCAGCAAAAUGGAUCGCAUACGCGAAUUUUGGGGCAAGGACAAAGAUACUGAAGGCCUUCACGCGCCUUCACUGGAGCCGAACUCGUUGCCUGAGGCCUCUGUCCGGAUUGAUCAAUCGUCAAUUCCAACACUAUCGAAUGGAACCUUAGCUGAUCUUUUAGACUUAGUCACAACUGCUAAGGCUUUUGACUUUGGCGAAUGGUUACUUUUCUCAUCUGAUGCAGACGGGCCUACUAUUCCUUUCGAAUCAUACGGCGAUCAGAGCUUGGCACCGUCCAUUCUUCGAUUCGCCGCAGCGACCCGAAAUCGUGAACUUGGUGAUGUUGUCAUACAGCAACUCAGAUAUCCUAUCUCACGGAACACAUUCAAUGCGCUAGCGAAUUUCCGCAUUAUGUUUGAGCAGUGGGAUGAAGCAGAGCGAAUCCUUGAUCUCCUACGUCAAUACAGACAAAAGACAUGGGGUGAAAGCACGCUGGCCACACUGGCAUCUGCUAUUCUUCGCUUAGAACAAAAGGUUUGGGAAAACCCGAUGGCAAAGGAUGCUGAAGAGUCGCUUCUACGGGCCGAGGAUUUAUUGCGUCGUAUACUCAGUGGCGAAUACAACCCCAAACAACAUUCCGACAAGAAAAUUAAUCAUCAUUAUGAUCGAGCCAUUUACCGAUGGCACAGUGUACUCUCUUCAACUCCCGGGAGACUUGCUCAAACCUGUGGUGAGGUGAAACUCAAUUACACAAAUUCAUCACGACGAGAUGCACUGCCCUACAUUCCAUCCGUGGCAUUCCACGUUCUACUCAAUGCUCUGGUAGAAACUCGUGGCAGCCAAAUUGGCAUGGACAUGUGGAAAAUGUGGUGCGUCGAUAUUGAACGAUCUCACGCGCCACGACUCACAGAAGAUGGAAUAUAUCGGUUACACAAGAGUGCUGAUCCGAAGACGGAGGAGCCUCUUGAUCUCGACCUUGAAUUCGAUUGGGCAUGGUUCUGGGAGAAGCAGCGCAAGGCCGUGAUCCCAAACCUGAAUACGCUGCGAAUCAUCACUAGAGCUGCAGUGAAGGAGUUUAAAGAAAUCACACAUUCCCCAAAGACCAUGACAGCGAUCCCGACAACAGACCAAUUUAAAAGCGAUGUCUAUAAGGUUCUCGACUUUUGUGUGGAACGCUACCGGCGAUUCAAGCGAGAUAAAGACGAAAUCGAUCGAGAGACGAGCGGCCAUUUAAGAAGGCUACGGAAAGGAGAGGCCAAUAAAAGAAAGAACUUGAGAAAAAAGCUUGUUCGAUGGGUAUAUGCAGACGUCGGGCAAGCGGAUAGUAUACAUAACUUGAUCAAAGAAGUUGAAAAAAACGAUGCAGCAGAAGAAGUUGAAAACGAAUAUCAAGGAUGA